AUGUCCGACCCUCAGGGCGGGCCUGGGGGAGCGCCUGGGGGCGCCCCCCCGCAGCGCGGUGCGGGGGCUCCCUCGGUGCCCCCUGCGCAGCAGCAGCAGCAGCAGCAGGCCAGCAGCAGCAGCAGCAGCAGAGACAACAAGAGAAGCAGCAGCAGACAACCCCACAAGUCGUAUGACAUGGGCCAAGUGCUGGGCAACGGCUCCUUCGGAGUGGUGACUGAGGCGCGGUGUCUCGAGACUGGGGAGCUGGUGGCGAUCAAGAAAGUGCUGCAGGACCCGCGGUACAAGAACCGGGAGCUGGACAUAAUGAAGGAGCUGCACCACCCCAACAUCGUGCGGCUGCUGGACUACUUCUACACGGAGGUGGAGGAGGACAGCAGCAGCAGCAGCAGCAGCAGCAGCAGCAGCAGGUUCCUGAACGUGGUGAUGGAGUUCGUGCCCGAGACCGUCUACCGCGUCAUGAAGACCUUCGUGCGCAGCAGCAACUCCCUCCCCUUCAUCCUCGUCAAGCUCUACACUUACCAGAUCUGCAGGUCUCUGGGCUACUUGCAUGCGCUGGGCAUUUGCCACCGAGACGUGAAGCCCCAAAACCUGCUCGUGGACUACCGCACGCACGUGCUCAAGCUCUGCGACUUCGGCUCCGCCAAGAGGCUCGUCCCAGGGGAACAAAGCGUGGCUUACAUUUGCUCGCGCUUCUACAGAGCGCCCGAGCUGAUGCUGGGCGCAAAUGAAUACACCACAGCAAUUGACAUUUGGUCUCUAGGGUGCGUGUUGGGGGAGCUGCUGCUGGGGCGUCCGCUGUUUGCGGGGGAAACGAGUGUGGAUCAGUUGGUGAAGAUAAUUCAGAUUUUGGGAACUCCAACUCAAGGCCAAAUGUCGGCGAUGAAUCCCAACUACGACGAGUUCAAGUUUCCCGACGUCGAGGCGCGCGACUGGCACUCCGUUUUCGCCGCGCACCAGUGCGCCAACGACGGCGACAAGUCCUUCGAACAAGCUGUUGACCUCAUGAGCAAACUGCUGCGCUACGAGCCCAACCAGCGCCUGCAGCCUUUGGAGGCCCUCGCCCACGAGUUCUUCGACGAACUCAGAAACCCCAAAACCACACUGCCGGGGGGUGGCGCGCUGCCGGAGCUGUUUAGUUUUUUGCCAAUUGAACUCGAAAGCAUGUCUCCAGGGACGAGGGAAAAGUGUUUAGCAGCAGCAGCAACGAAGCAGCGGCCGGCGUAG